AUGGCGCCGCCACCCCCGCUAAUCGACGACGUCGUCGCCGAGAUCCUCCUCCACCUGCCGCCGGACGAGCCCGAGCACCUCUUUCGCGCCGCCCUCGUCUGCAAGUCGUGGCUCCGCAUCAUCUGCGGCCCCGGCUUCGGCCGUCGCUACCGCGCCUUCCACGGCGCCCCUCCCCUCCUCGGCCUCCUCAUGGUGCUCGAACGGGACACACAUAUCCGCUUCACCUCCACCACGUCAAUGCCAUUAUUCCCCUACCGGUGCUGCGACGGCUGGCACACGCGCGUCCUCGACUGCCGCCACGGCCGCAUCCUCAUCCAGGUGUUCCACGGCCGGAUUCUGGGUCUCGUCUGGGACCCCGUCACGGGCGAACGACACGAGCUGCCCAAGCUGGACAUGGAUUGGUACAUCUACUCCGCAGCGGUGCUCUGCGCCGCCGACGGCUGUGACCACCUCGACUGCCACGGCGGGCCCUUCCGCGUGUCGUCGUCUUUGCCGGCCGUGACUCCAAUGCCCAGAACGUGGUAG